AUGGAGAAGGCUGAUUUCAAUGGCAAUUGCCCUAUCAUAGACCCCGAAUCGCUCACUUUGUGGAUGGCUUCCUCCGAAGUUGACCAGAAGGCCUUGGGCAACUUCGCGGCCAUGACCAGCCUCGAAAGCCCAUUCCUUUCCGCCGUACUGUACAAAAUGCUGGGGCUUUCAGUGAUGCUCUCGAAAAAGCUUCUUCGUGCACGACGGCUACGACGACUAGAUCCCACCCGUGAAACCAAGUCACUUCAGCUGUACCAUCACAUCAUAUGGCUCUCCCGCGAGGGCCUACUAAUGCUUGAGGGAUUCGUCUUCCCCCUCAUCGAUAAAUACAUGGAAUUGAAGAUUCUGGCCUACAAACUCAGGGCCUCGUUCUACCACGUAUUCGUCUUAUUUCACAACCAACCGGCCGUUCAUUCUCCGGGGAUCGCUAGCAGCCGGAGCGACGUCACCGCGCCUAAUGGAACUGCUGAUGCAGCAUCACCGACGAAGGAGCUCAGCUCGAGGUUUUCGUUUAAAUCGAAACCAGAAAACUUAACCGUCCCCAACACCCCGACUUCUGCGGCGGGGAAUGCGCCUCGGGGAAAAUUGACGCAGGUACCCCCUGGGCUCGCACCUGUCCUACCUCCCCCGUCAACAUCCUCAUUCCUGCUGCCCGUUCUCGAUUACACUCCCACUGCGACUGCAUGUUUUAACCAAGCUUCCGUUCUGGCCGAACGGUUUCUUCCCGGAUCCCACCCGCUGCGUCUAUCCAUCAAACUCGAAUACGCCGCCUAUUUGUACGACUGCCUUCAUGAUUCGAAUGCGUGCCGACGACUCGCCAAACAGGCCAUUGCCGAUGUAUAUAAUGCACAGGAGGGAAUGGACGAUGAAAGUUUCGAGGAUGCCGCGGAGAUCGUAGGAAUUCUGGGCAAGAUGGUCAAACGGGGCGGCAAAACCAGCAGCGCCGGCAGCAGCACUACGCCGUCGGGGACGCUCCGGGCGGAAAGUUCGAGGAGCGGCGACAGUCGAACGCCACCCAUCAAGAAGGCGGAUUCCAAAAAGACCGAGCGACAGAAGAAGAGUGGUCAAUUGCCCCCUGCCAUGCCCAAUCCGACCAUGAUGAAUCCCAUAUGA